GCGGGGCGCGCCGUGCGUGCCGAGCAGGCCGCAGUGCGGGCCGGGGCCGCGGCGAUGCUGGAGGAGGCGGGCGAGGUGCUGGAGUCGGUGCUCAAGGCCUCGUGCCUCCCGCUCAGCGUCCUGCUCUUCGUGCCCGCCGUGCUCCUGCUCCUGGGGCCGCCGCCCGCCGCCGAGGCGGCGCACGAGUUCACGGUCUACCGCAUGCAGCAGUAUGAGCUGGGCGGGCAGCCCUACGGCACCAGGAGCGCCGUGCUGAACACGGAGGCGCGCACCGUGGAAGCGGACGUGCUGAGCCGCCGCUGUGUCAUGAUGAGGCUGGUGGACUUCUCCUACGAGCAGUACCAGAAAGCUCUGCGCCAGUCAGCCGGGGCUGUGGUGAUCAUCCUGCCACGAUCCAUCUCCUCUGUCCCCCAGGAUGUCGUGAGGCAAUUCAUGGAGAUAGAGCCAGAAAUGCUUGCUAUGGAAACCAUUGUGCCAGUCUACUUUGCAGUGGAAGAUGAGGAGCUGCUAUCUAUCUAUGAACAAACACGGGCUGCUUCUGCAUCACAGGGCUCUGCCUCAGCUGCAGAAGUUCUGCUGCACACAGCAACUGCCAAUGGCUUCCAGAUGGUGACCAGUGGGGCUCAAAGCAAAGCUAUCAAUGACUGGCUCAUCCCCAGUGUGGAGGGAAGGCUGACAGGGCUGGGUGGAGAAGACCUGCCCACUGUUGUGAUAGUUGCCCACUAUGAUUCCUUUGGAGUGGCUCCAUGGCUGUCCCAUGGGGCUGACUCCAAUGGCAGUGGAAUCUCAGUGCUGCUGGAACUGGCCAGGCUCUUCUCUCGGCUCUACACCUACAGAAGGACCCAUGCUGGGUAUAACUUGCUGUUCUUUGCAUCUGGAGGUGGCAAGUUUAAUUAUCAAGGAACUAAGCGGUGGCUGGAGGAUAAUUUGGACCACACUGAUUCCAGCCUGCUGCAGGACAAUGUUGCAUUUGUUCUCUGCCUCGACACUCUGGGCAGAGGCAAUAGCCUUCAUCUUCAUGUCUCAAAGCCUCCCAAGGAGGGCACCUUGCAGCAUGCAUUUCUGAGAGAACUGGAGAUGGUUGUUGCCAGCCAGUUCCCAGAGGUGAAGUUUUCCAUGGUGCACAAGAAGAUCAACCUGGCAGAGGACAUGCUGGCGUGGGAGCACGAGCGGUUCGCCAUCCGGCGCUUGCCGGCAUUCACCAUCUCGCACCUGGAGAGCCACCGGGACAGCCUGCGCAACAGCAUCAUGGACAGGAGGGCACGAAUAGACACUAAAGCACUGACCAGGAAUACUCAGAUCAUUGCUGAGGCUUUGACAAGGGUCAUCUACAAUCUAACAGAAAAGGGAGCACCUGCAGAUAUGCAGAUCUUCACAGAUCAGAUGCAAAUCCAGCAGGAGCAACUGGAGUCAGUGAUGGACUGGCUGAGCAGUCAGCCCAGGGCUGCCCAGCUGAUUGAUAAAGACAGCACCUUCCUCAACACCUUAGAAUAUUAUAUGGGACGCUACCUGAAGGAUGUCAAGCAGCAUCAUGUGAAGGCAGACAAACGGGACCCCGAGUUUGUUUUCUAUGACCAGCUGAAGCAGGUGAUGAAUGCAUACAGGGUCAAGCCAGCAAUCUUUGACCUGCUCCUGGCUGUCUGUAUUGCAGCCUACCUUGGUGUUGCCUAUGUUGCAGUGCAGCACUUUGGUCUCCUUUACAAGAUGAUACAGCGAUUAUCCCUUAAAACCAAGCAGCAGUGAAGCACCAAGUCCCCCCACCCAGCAGCACUGAGCCAUCGGAAAGCCUGCUGGUGUCAGUGGCUCACCAUGGUGCCAGCAUGGUGCCAAGCACUCCAGAACUAUCAGCCACACUGGGAAAUUUGCCUUUUCCUCAUCUUUUGAGUGCUCAUUUGAAAUGUGUCUCUCUGCAUGCGUGAAGUGCUCAUGGCACUCCUCUGCCAAAUGAAUUUAUAAUGACUUCAGAAGUUGCUGGAGUGGCUGAAAGGCAAGCCUUGAUUGUUUUCCACUGGGUUUUAUGCUCUGCCCAUAGAGACUGCAUCUGCUGUGCCCUGGGGAGCUGCAUGCCCUGCCCUGGGUAGGUUUAGAACAUGCAUGGUAUAGUGGCUCUGAAGAACUCUGUAGGCUCUGAAUAUCUGAGAGUAAUUUGAGUCCUCCAGCUGCAGCAUCCAUUUCUGGUAUGUUACACUUAAGGGAGGUGGUGUUCCCUCCAGUCUAGUAGAUUAUUUCACCAGUCUUAAUGAUUACUUUGCUAGAAAAAUAAUAUUAGCAAUGCUGCUGCAGCUUGAGUUGAUGUGUGUAAAAUUUGGCAGUAGUGGGCAAGAGCGAACAGAACAGACCUGGAGCUUGUUCCUUGCUGUGGGAACUGUCAGCCUUCACUCUUCCAGAUGAGAAGCUCAAAGUUCAGAGUCAAAAACUUCCACCCAGUCUGUUUGCAGAGGCUGUAGCACAAAGAAAACACCUCAGCUCUGUGUGGUCUCAGCAGUGAGCUGUUAACACUCCUGAUGCAGUGCCAGAAGUCAGUGGAAACAGCCUAAAAAAAAGAUGGAUAAGAUUAAUGAGGAGAGCUCAUAAACCCGAGGGGCAGUUGGGAUGGUGCAUUGCUCUCUCCCACACAAUGUUAGUUUGUCCUGUAAUACUUUUGUCUCUCUCUCCCUAGCUGCCAUAAAAAGUAGUUUUUACAACAGAUAAAAAAGUUUUUGCUUUUGAUCAAAGUGCACGUGCACUGAAACUGUGCUCAAAUCUGAGAUAGUCAAAUUCCAACUUCCUCAUAGCUGGAGCAGAGUGCCCAUCCUGGGAUUGAACUUAGUUCCCACAUUGUUGUUUCCUUGAGUAAGUCAACAGAGAAGCUUGCAAAGAGCCCCUGGAGCUGAUCUGCACUGCAGCAUAACUGAUCAAUUCAGUCACCAACACAAAGGCACAAAUCCAGCAGGUGUUGUGAUAAAAUAAAGGUUCUCCAUAACGUUGCAGAAGAGCUCUGUAUAGCUGAUUCUUGUUGCCCUUACUUUUACCUAUCCUCUUUUUUUUUUUUGAGGAGUUUGCCUGGCCUGUAGGGAAGAGCAUGGAAAGCAUUAUAUCCACAUACACACAAGUGGCUAGCAGUUGAUACUCCUAGCCAGAAAUCCAUUUUCUUUGCUAUUUAUCUGACUUCACCUGUUGUCCUGGUGCUGUCAAGAGUCUGCAGCUCACAAAAAAAAAAUGGUUUUCCAGCAGGGUUUAACUGAAGCUGUUAAUUCCUUCUGUCCACUUCCACCUGCAUGGGCACUACUGGGAAUUGUUUGGGAGUAAUUUGGAUUAUUGUAGUUCAUCUCCCAAAUGGGAGGGGUUGGUUUAUUGUUGGGAGAGAAGUUAUACUGUGCAAUAUGAACUCCAUUCUUCUACUCAGUGCAGAAAAAAAUCCUGGAAGCCAGAAUGGAAUUAGAUCUCCCACUGUCUGUGGCUGAAAGCCACUACAAUCUAUUUAGACAUUCAAAACCACAGCUAUACCCAAAAUUGCUGUGGGGCUUGGUUUUGAGGGUGUUUUAUUUGUUUUAAAUCUCAUGCUCUUACACUGUUCAUGGCCCAAGCCCAAAUCCCAGGCUGCUCCUGCACCCCGUGUUUAAGCUGGGUUUUACAUUUCAUUUGGUCUUGACUCACCAAUCUGAAAUGCUGGGGCUGCUCCUGGAUGUCAGAAAAUUGGGCCUCUGGGUACUUGCUUGUGGACUCCUGCUUGCUCACUUUAAUCUGUUUAGUUUCCAUUUGUAGUUACUGCAUUGCAACUCCAAGGUUAUAAUCUGGAAUAUUUGCAGCUCAGGAAAAUGAUUUGAUUUAUCUAGCAAUGUUAACUCAAUUAUUUAUCUCUUGUGUGCCCUGAAGAACAAAUGUAUAUUGAGGUGAAUAUUUAAAAGCUAAUAGAAAAUUCACUGCAGUUGAUUUACAUAUUUUAGGAUUGUAAAUGUAAUAAUAUUUAAGUAUUUUAACUUUGUUUUUUUUUUAUUUGUUUGUCCCUUUUUCCCUUGGAAAAUAAACCAAGUGAAUAGGCUUGAUGGAUAGAUUUGUCAGAGAACUAUUUGCUCACAAAAAUGGAAUCUCCUUGCAUUAUUUGGAGGAAUAGACACCUCUAGAAAAUGGGAGAAAAUCUAUGUAUUUAAAAGCUUCAUCCUGUCUAGUCAAAAGUAAAAUAGUAUGACAGAAAACAUUUACACACUCCAAGCAUGAUUCCAGCACCUUGAGGUGAGCAAAUUCCUGUUUAUUCUGAAGAUAUGUGCUCAUGUGAAGCAAUUAAAGAUUCUAUGCAAAACAGCUUUGGUACUGUGAAAAACUGGUUACCUCAGCAGCCAGCACUGCGUGCUCAUGGAGUUUGUUGUGCCUCUGUCCUUACCCAAUGCCUGUUUGAACACUAAACUAUUUAUUCCAAUUACAAGCAUUGCAAGAGA